CUCCAAGACAAUUGAACGUCUUCUUUUCUAUCGUUUCAUUUCCCUCUCGCUCUCUUGAAUUUGAUUCGCUGUAAGCGUUUUGAGACACUUGGAGGAGAAGAGAGUAGUAACCCAUAAACUAGAAACAUGAGUUUGGUCGGCAGUUUGCAACUCAUCCUCCCGCCACGGCCGAGAAGCACCAAGUUCUUGUGCUCACUGAAAAACCCAACACAAGGACAAGAACAACUCUCUUCUUCUUCUCCUUCAAUCUCUCUCUUACCAAAACUUAUCUCGUUUGCUCUUGCUCUAUCUCUUACCUCCUCUUCCUCUGCCUUAGCCAUUCCUUCUCUCUCCUCUUCUCAGCCACUCACCACUCCUUUCACCCAAUCCAAGUUUGUGCAGACUGGUCUUCUCAAUGGCAAAAUUAGACCUUGCCCUUCCACGAACCCAGGUUGUGUAUCGACGAAUCCCACCUCAUCUUCUUUCUCAUUUCCAUUGACGAUCCCUGAAACCGAUACACAGGAUCCCAUUCAGAAACUGAAAGAAGCAAUAAUGAGCACCCAGAAGAACCCCAAGUUUGUGGUUCUUGAAGAUACUCCAUACGGGAGAUAUUUGGAGGCAGAGGUAGAAGGAGGAGGAUUUAGCAGAGAUGUGAUGGAGUUUUUGGUGAAGCAAGAUGUGGUUGCUUACAGGUGUAUGGCCACUAAGGUUACCUUUGUGUAUCCCUUCACCACUGCUUUUGGAGACUCCAAGGGACAAGAAGAGAGGAUGAAGAAGCUCAUCGACCAGCUUGGUUGCGACAUGGACGCCAUUGAUUCCGUCGUCGAUCCUCUUAGAGACUUUGCCAAGGACAGCAUUCGCCUUGUUAAGCGUUGUCACAAGCCAGAUCGCAAAGAAUUCACGAAAGUGGCAGUGCGUACAGCAAUCGGGUUCGUAGUAAUGGGAUUCGUGGGAUUCUUUGUGAAGCUCAUCUUUAUUCCCAUCAACAACAUCAUCGUCGGUGCUACUUAGAUAACAAGGGAAGAUAAAAGAUGGACAAGGGUAGUUACAGCUUUGUUGUUUCAUGAAGACACUUCACAGUUUUUUUUUUUGUUCAGAUACUCAAAAAGAGGAAACAUUUUGUGAACCUAGUUUAACCACACAUUUGAGAUCAAUCUCUAGUAACUUGCAUUCUGUUUAAAUUAUGUCACUGUUUAUUUCGCUGUUCCGUAAGAAAAUUGAAAGUUUUGG